AUGUACUUCCUAUGCACGUCUCGCUCCGACACUGGAGCAUCCUCAGCAGAGGUUGACUUUACAGUUCAGGAGAAGUUUUUUUCUCCUAAGCAUUCUCCGGAGCAAAACGUGCUUAAAUUCAAAAUGAAGCACUUUUACAACGUCGAGCUAUAUCUUCUUCAUACAAUACUCAAAGAAAAUGUGAACUCACAAAAGAGACAGAGAAGAUAUCUUCUUUUUACGCCCAGCACUCAAUGGGGAGUAUUUGUAACAGUGUCUAUCCCACUCCCUCAUCCAGAGACCCUAGUAUCAGUGGCGUGGUUCAUAGAAGCAAACUACUAUAACGUGGACAACGCGACAUACUUCGAGCCUCUACUUGGUGACAUUGGCGAUGUACCUACGGUACGUCGUGAACGCAGUACAAAAGAACGGAACAGCAUGAUCACCCGCCACACCAUUUACACCUCUAUCGAAACCAUGCUUGACAGACACAAUUACCUCGGCCGACAGUGCUUACUCAGGGCCAUUUGCGAGAGCGCCUCGCAAUUCCUGCAUAACGGCGUUUUAGGCGAUUUACUCCACCUCGUGCUCACACCUUCAACUUCGAUGCCAGAGGAGGAAAUAGAAGAUAUCUACUACGAAGCAGAGUACUGGGGUCUUGAGGAUAAAUGCGAGGAUUACGUAGACUGGUGCCCGGAGAACCCCAUCGAUUAUAUAUCAAUUAGUUUAGAAUAAAGUAAUUUUAAGCUUA